GCAGCCUGCAAAAGGAAAGAACGAAAAUAAGGAUGAAAAAUAAGAAGACCACAGAAACAAAUGAAACAAAGCAUCUCCGAACAGUGAAAGAUCUUAAUGAACAAGGACACCAUGAAAGUAGUCCAGGGAAUAAUAUUUUUAAAAAGGAUACAGAUGGGACAUUAACAAGACCGUGUGUAGUUGCACUAUGUGAAUGUAUGAAGUCCGUUGGAAUUCUUUACAUAGGCCAACAUGGUAGGGGCACUGUCGUUAGAGUUGGAUGUAACUACAUCAUAACUGCGUGGCAUAUUGUAGAAGGAAUACUAUUCCCUGCUUGUAGAGAUUCAACACUCCCAGACAUCACUUGUUUGCAAAAGGACAAUAUCACUGUUGACUUUGGUGAUGACCGAUACCAAGCCACAGAGAAGUUCAAACUUCUACCGAAUAUUGUUUUUAAGGACGCAGACUUAGACAUAGUCAUUCUGGUACUGGAUACUGCUGAGAAAAAAAACAAUCUGCCUCAACCUUUUCAGUGGAUUUGGCUCAGACUUGUAGGCAUUUUAUCAACAAGCAUGCUUGUAAUUGGACAACAUCCGAGUGAAACUUGUAUCGUGAUAGAUUCGGAAUGCAAAAAAAUUUGUCUUGACGACGAGAAAGUCGUGAAAGCAAAGAAGUGGUUUAAAACCAACAAAGAGAAAUUGAAGCUGUGCAGAAAAAGAAAGGGGUUAGAUACAAAUAGUGUCGAUUCUUCACUAUUCGAAAUCAACGACGAACGAAAAGUAAUCAUUGAUACCUUUUUAGGAAAAGGUGCAAGUGGCGGCGCAAUUGUUGGGAAGAGCAGUGAUCAAACGUUGGGAUUAGUCGCAAUUCUUACUCAUGGUAUUCCCCCACCAUACUAUGAUGAAACAGACCUGAAAAUUCCACAGGAACUUUGUAUGGAGGUUGGAACCACAAUGAAAGCAAUAAAACACGCAAUGGAAGUACAGUGCGUUGACCACCAGAUCAUCAAUUCCAUAUUUCCAUCAUCCCAUACCUGAAUUCCUGCAGAUGACAGUAGGGAUUUUUAUCUAGAUGAUAGUGUGUUACUUUUACCGGAAUGUAAUAGAACAUGGCCAUUAAGCCCAAAUGCUAUUGAGUCUGAAUUAUAUUUGACGUUAGAAUGGCCUAUAUAUUUUGUUAAUUGACAACAUUGACUUUUUUAUAAGUGCUUAAAAGAUGUUUGAGAUGUACUUCGUGCAACAUCUUACGGGGUGUAUAUUUCACAGGUUAUAAGAUUAGUCAUGUUUAUGAAAUUAACCUUCGUAAUGUAAAUACGUGUGUUACCAUAAAGUUUCUCCAGCAAUGCUACCAUUGUGGAUAGCUGUGCUAAACUGUUAUCAUUCUUAUCAUAUUUCUUUAUCCUAGUCACUUAAACACACCUCUGUAGCAAGGUACAAAUGUUUGUUUCAGACUGAUUUUUAUGAAUUUAAAUUUUCACCGGUCUAGCCAUUUCCGACCGUUAUUGAUUUAAAGUUGUCUGUUGUUUUCUUGUAAGAGGUUAUAACCGUAUUGUUCUGAGACUCAUCACAUGUUUACUAUUAAGCCCUUUUACAGUUGAUCACUUUGCUUUCCUCUUUUGAGUGUGCGAUGAUUGUGCGAUGGCGGAACAGGUUGUUGACUGAAUGACAGUUCGAUCUUACAUCUCUCUCUCUCUCUCUCUCUCUCUCUCUCUCUCUCUCUCCAAAAGGCGGAAUGUAUGAUAAUUUCCCCAUGUGGUGUUUGCUUCUACAAGGUAAUUGAGUACCUACGUCUAAUGGUACCGUGGGUUUUGAUUUAUAUAUCUUUGUGUUUUAAAAUGUGUUCCUGUGGUACAUAUAACUGUUACGCGUGUAAAGGAUUCAAUGUGUCGGGAUUAAUUUUAUAUUUAUACUGCUUUCUAAUUUAAGAGCACGGUAGGUGUUAAGAGUUAGGUGUGGCAAAAAUGAACUAUUGUAAACUACUCCUCAAUUGUGGUUUUACCUUUGACUUGUCCACUGUUUCUUUCCAUUUAUGUGUCAGUAUGUUACUUCUGUGUUCUGUUAUCGCAAUCAUAUAGGUUUAUGUAUACAGUGCAUAGUCGAUGUGUCCGUGUAUUAUUUUUUCCAUGAGGAGUGCUAUAUGAGUAUAUUCGUUCUUCAAACACUGGAUGUCCUGUUAGACAAAUUUACAAGUAUUAGAUAUAUUCAAGACAUGCAUGCAGCUUUUUAAUUAGUAGUUAGGUUACUUUAUCAAAGUUAAGAAACACCUGCUAAUCUUUAAUCUUGUAGACUUUGUUUUCAAUAAUGUACAAAUUUCUAAAAUGUUGAAAGAUAUAGAUGACAUAGUAUCUUAAACUUCUAUUAUAAGAUUUGCUAUGAGCAAGUCAUAUGUUUAUUACCAUGAACAUGUAUAUGCUUGUAGUAUGUAUAAAUAGGUAAAUAAACAUUCUUUAUACUGA